ACCAAGAACCAAGUUCAAAAUGCUUUCGCAGUGCUUUCACCUGCUUUUGGCAAUACACUUGCUGAUUUUGCCUGUGGUGCCUGAACUUUUGGAGCCAUCUGAGCGCAUCAUCGGUGGAAUCAGCAUGGACAUCACUAAUGUUCCUUGGCAGGUGUCCUUGCAGAAAUACGGCCAACACACUUGCGGCGGAUCCAUCUACAGUGAAACCAUAGUUAUAACGGCUGCCCACUGUAUUGGUGAUACUUCGCACGCGAUUCGUGCGGGAUCCUCGCUACAUGAUAGCGGUGGAGUUUUAGUGAGUGUGAAAUCGAUUAUUAUUCACCCACAAUAUGAUAGAAGUAACCACCGGAACGAUGUUGCUGUCCUCAAACUGAGCCGUCCUUUGAGUUUUUCCGAUUCCAUCCAAACCAUUCCCUUGGCCGAGAAGGAUCCUCCCACAGGAUCAAUGGCACUAAGCACUGGCUGGGGACUUAAUUCCAUAUAUGUGAAACCACAACAACUUCGGGGAGUUGAAAUCUCUAUUCGGUGGAAGUCCGUGUGUAAAUGGAAAUAUCCUUUUAUGUUCAAUGAGGACAUUUGCGCGGGAAGAAUUGGAAAAGGCGUUUGUAAUGGAGAUUCCGGUGGACCCUUGGUAGUUGAUGGCCAGCUGGUGGGGAUCUCAUCGCGAAAGGGAAACUUACUUUGCUAUGGAUCUAGUCUGUUCGCUAGUGUGUCAUACUAUCGUAACUGGAUCCUGAAGGCCAUCGAGUCUAUAUAAGGAAUGGCUCUUCUACAGAGCCGUGAAAUUUGUAAUUUGAAAUAUAUAAUUUACGCACUUUUAACUUUGAACUCGCAGCAAUAAGUAUGGUUGUUCAUAAAUAUUGUUCC